UAAACCCCGUGGGGGUGGGGGUGUGUGGGGGGCUGCAGCCGAAUUGAUUAGCCGCUCCCUCGGUAUUGGUCCCAGUCUGGGACGACCGGCACGUCGCCGCCGCGCAUGAAUGCGACGCGGUCAAAAGUCAGCCAAAGGUCGCGGGGGGUCAACAUCCGAUGAAAAGACGCGGGGAGCUGCUUCUCAUCGCCCCCGCGAGCUGCCGCGCCACGCAGACAAAGAUGGGUCGCACACCAUUGAAAAUGCGUCGCUUUACGUCUUCCCACCUGACCGUGGCAUCUCUGAGCUCCGUGUGAACGCGGCGCGGCGGUGGACGGACGCGCGUCUAGACGGGCGGGACGUAAACAACAUGUUUUGCAAGGAGUGACGCGACGCGCCUCCUCCCGUUUGGUUCUUUUUCACGCUCUCCGCCUUGUGCUGAUAUAAAAAAAAAGGCAUAUAAAAAACCUCCACUUCGAUUUGUGCAAGGCAUCUCGAUGUAUUUGCAUUGCGUAAAACACCCGCACACGUCCGAGUAUCACCGAAUAUGGAGACGUAACCAACCACAACCACAGCAGCAGCGCAAUUGGCGAGGAAGCGUCUCCUGCGACUUUGUUCAUGAAGGGCACCUCUGUAAAUUCUGUCUGGACACGUCUCACGUUGGAUUUGUCACCGGGAUGUUUGGCUCCGUGCGCACGGUUGUUGGGACAGCUUGCCACCGCGGCCCCACGCGUUCUUUGAUGUUCUUUUCUUUUACAAUGUUUGUCCAGUUGCUCGGCGCGCGGUGCUGCUCCAUAAAAGUUUCAGACAGCGGACGAGCAUGGGGGCGGUCAGAGGGGCUGCCCUCUCCACCUCCAUUCACACUCUGAAAGGCUGAUGUUGCGUCUUUCUCCUCUCAUUGUGCGGUUCCGAUCGUCUAUAUUCCGCUGGUGUUUUGGGGGGCGGGGGGAGAUCGACCUGAAUGAGAUUCUGGCCAUUGUUGCAAGAGUUUCGUUUUGAUUUGCAAGGCGAGUAUUUUUACGCAUUUUCCGAUGCUUUAAAAUAUGUUUUUCACUAAAUGACUGGAACUCGUUCUGAUCGCUGGGAACACUUUACUCUCUGCGCCGAGCAAACUCACUCUCGGUGUUUACGCACAACACGGAUGGGCAUUUCUUGAGCAAAUCGACAGGAAUCUUCCUCUUUUUUUUUUUUGAAGACCUGAAGGUGGAAUGGAAUUACUCGGCGGGCGACUCAUGCAAAAGGGCAACGAUGUAUAAAACCCCUCUGCGGCUCUCGGAGGACAGGCGUCUAAAGGAACCGUAUAGUCAUGACGCACCCACCUCGAAGAACCUAGGAUCACGAUGGAUGCGUGCGUAUCUGUUGAUGCUCCUGGUUUGCGUACCCGACAUUUCUCUGUGUGCAAGUGUGGCAGGAUACAACAAAGUUGAACAUGAAGGACUCUGUCCCAACAAGCUGAACUCCAAUCUCUGGGUGGACGCGCAAAGCACCUGUGAGAGGGACUGCAACGUCGAUGAGGACUGUGCUGACUUUGAGAAAUGCUGCACCAACGUAUGUGGCCUCAACAGCUGUGUGGCUGCACGUUUCUCUGAUGGAACCUCUGCGCAGCCAGACGGGCAGGGUGGAGGAGAAGGAGCCCCCAACUCCACAGCCACCUGCGAGGGCUUCAUCUGCAGCCAGCAAGGGGCGACCUGUGACAUCUGGGAUGGGCAGCCCAUCUGCAAGUGCCAGGACCGGUGCGAGAAAGAGCCCAACUUCACCUGCGCUUCAGACGGCCUCACCUAUUUCAACCGCUGCUACAUGGAUGCAGAGGCCUGUGUCCGCGGGGUGAGUCUGGCCGUGGUCGCCUGUCGUUUCUACCUCGCCGGGCCCCACACCAGCCCGCUGCCUCAGGACACGACCGCUCACCCCACCCCAACAUCCUCACAGGAGGACCCUUUGCCCCCCACGCUGUACUCCAACCCCCACCAUCAGUCCAUCUACGUCGGAGGCACAGUUAGCUUCCACUGUGACGUCAUCGGGGUCCCCAAACCCGAUGUCACGUGGGAGAAACAGAGUGACCGGCGGGAGCGGCUGGUCAUGAGGCCUGACCAGAUGUACGGCAACGUGGUCAUCACCAACAUCGGACAGCUGGUCAUUUACAACGCCCAGGUGUGGGACACGGGUAUCUACACCUGCAUCGCACGCAAUCCUGCAGGAGUUCUUCAUGCAGACUACCCGCUGUCCGUCAUCCGCCGGGCUGAUGAUGAUUUCUUCGAGGACCCUGAGAUGCCCAUGGGGAGACCCUUCUCACCGGCGGACUGCCUGGCUGAGGUAGAUGUGAGGGUGUGCAGUGGCGAGCGCCACGUGGACUGGUAUUAUGAUAGCAAGCUGGGCUCCUGCAUGGCCUUCAGCAACGGUGGAUGUGACGACAGUCGCAACCGAUUCGAGACGUACGAAGAGUGCAAGGCCUCCUGUCAGAGGGAGGGAAUGGGCAUCUGCUCCCUGCCUGCCGUUCAGGGUCCCUGCAAGUCUUGGGAGGCGCGUUGGGCCUGGAAUUCCCUCAUGAAGCAGUGCCAAGCCUUCGUCUACGGCGGCUGCCAUGGGAAUGCCAACAGCUUCCGCACCAAAAAGGAGUGCGAAGCAAAGUGCCCACAGCCCAAAAGGAAACCUUGCAAGACCUGUCGGGCGAAGGGGAAAAUGGUGCCCAGCUUAUGCCGCAGUGACUUUGCCAUCGUGGGGCGGCUGACAGAGCUGGUGGAGGACCUGGACUCGGGGUUAGCCCGCUUCAGCUUGGACGAGGUGCUGAGAGAUGAAAAGAUGGGGCUGACUUUCUUCAACACCAAACACCUGGAGGUGACGAUCGCCAAGAUUGACUGGAGCUGCCCCUGCCCUAACAUCACCAUGGAGGAAAACCCUUUGCUGGUGAUGGGUGUGGUGAAAGACGGCAUUGCCAUCAUCCAAUCGGACAGCUACGUCAGAGCCAUAACCGAACGCAGACUCAAGAAGCUGCGCGAGGUUCUGGGCAAGAAGAGCUGCGAGGCGUUGUAGAAGUCUCGAGACUUGUCCACGGAGCGGCUGUGGUCAACUUCACCUGUAGCACUAAAGUCAAGCAUCAGGACUUUGACAGGAACAGCUGAUGUUUAAUGACAACUCUUUAAAUCAAAAAACGAGAAUAUGUUGAACACUGUAUGUUAACGGAGUUGUGAGCGAUUAUUUGUAUGUACAAUAAGCUGUAUUUUAAUUUCAACACAGGUUGUACUACAUUCCAGGUAUGUUGUGAGCCAGUUUUUACCAAUGCACUGAGUUAAAACAUAAAUAUUCUUUCUUUUGACAUGUAGUUUGUAUUUUCUUUACAAAAAGGCCUAGCUUGUGAUGCUAAAAAUAGAAUCCUACAACAUAUUACCUCUAUAUUGAGUUUUUCUGUUAUUAUAUUAUGAUUAUUUUAUAUUGGGCUCUUUAUUUUAGUCAUUUUAGUGUUUGUAUGUUAUGUUGUUUUGUAUACUGUCAAUAUCUAAUGCACAGCACAUUCUGUGUCACAUCUCUCUGCAAAGCACUUCUGCAAAUGUAAUUGUACCAACAGUCUCUGCAAACUGAAUAAAGGUAUGAAAACAGAGUA